AUGCAAUCCUCAGUUCAAUACAGGAGGGGAGCCACGGAAAAAUGGGGAAGAAGACCAAGAAAAGGUUGUCUCCUGUGGCUAGUCUUUAUUAAACUGAGGAAACGGUGGCGUUACAGCUUUGACGUCAACAUUUACAUACUCCAGAUAAGCGAUCUCGCCUCUAUAUAUAGCCACUUGAGUUAACCUUAAUGGGUAUCAUUAAUAAGAAGCAACCCCGUUGGGACGCAAGGGUUCCAAUCAUGGGGGCUUCUCAUUAUUCUUUUGCUCACUCUCUGUCUAAUCUCCUCCUCCUCCUCCUCCUUCUGGCCAUUGCUGCUCAAGUUCGAGCAAGACCUCUACUUGCAGGACUAUCUUGAUUUUCACUGGAAAGCUGAAACUGGUAACUGAAGAAUUAUAUUGCGUGUGAACUGCAGAGAGUUUGACAAUGACAAUUGAAGACUAUGGAAGGUCAUUGAGGCCACUGACUCUGCGACAUGCGGCGUCGCCACCUGUAACGAGGCCACGCAAGGAGAUGCCUGCAACAGCGGUGACUACGACAACAAAUAACGAUCAUUAUGACGAAGUUGUGGGACGGCCAUACUCUCCACCACCACCACCUGCUCCAAAAGUAUCUCCACCGAUCCACCACAUCACGUGCUUAUACUGUCCUCCUUCGGACGAUGAUUUAAUCAUAUCAAUGGCUACUGAUCUCGAUUCUGAGGCACCAUCUAAAUCACCACCUCCAAAAGUAUCACCGCCAUCGAAGCAAGCGAAGGAUGAUCUUGAGAGGCCAUCAAGAUCACCACCUCCAGCUCCAAAAGUAGCACCCCCACGGAAACCAGGGACCGACGAUUUUGAGGCGCCAUCAAGAUCACCACCUCCACCUCCAAAAGUAGCGCCCCCGUGGAAACCAGGGACCAACGAUUUUGAGGCGCCAUCAAGAUCACCACCUCCACCCCCAAAAGUAUCACCCCCAUCCCAGCAUAUUAACAAUUCCAAGAGGACAUACAAAUCACCACCGCCAUCUCAGAAUUCAUCGCCUUCGACGCACCAGUUAACCGAAGAAUUUGGCCGAAUUAUUAUGAGUAAUUUCGAAAGGUCCCCGCCCUCUGCAGAGUCAUAUCAUUCAGCUUAUUAAUUCCCUUCAUAGUCCUUAGUUCUAAGAGCUGCCUUUAAUUUUGGGUGUGUUGAUCGUUUGAUUCUGUAGCUGCUGAAUUUUUUUGUAUCGAGUGUGAUGUGAAUAUGAAGUGUUUUCAAGGUAUAAUGUUGUAAAGUUGCGGCUAGUUAGUGUACUUUGUAAUUAGAUGGAAGUUUAGCUGGAUCAGUUCAAAUCUGCAUGAAGCUCCAAACUACAGUUGGUUGGGUACAUAUCUCGGAGUUGACUAAGAUUCUAAGAGUAUGUAUCCAGCUAAGCUGCGUGGCUCAUGCCAUUAUAUAUAUGUUUUCAGAUAACUGGGAUUUAUAAAAGAAAAACAUGCUUCA